AUGAAAUGGUAUAUACAAGGGUUGGUGUUUGGAUACCUCAGUGUCCCCCAAAGAACUGGGAGACUAGGUCGUGGUCUGGAGAUGGGAGACGGCCAUCAGGAGCACUCCAUCAACUGGGUUCGGCUCACUCGAUCGAGCUUGUGGCUCCUCCUCCUCUUCUUCUUCAUCUUCAAAGUGGGUGUGGCUUCCUUGGCCUUGGUGGAGCUUGUGCUCGCUCGAAGCGGUUGUAGGGAGUCCAGCGGUCUGAGGAAGUCCUGGUACUGGGUUGAUCGUACUCGAAUCCAGGGUUCUCAAACUAGGCUCCUCCAGGUCAACUCGACCGUCAGCUCGAUCGAGUUGAGUUUCCUCUGUUUGGACUCGAUCGAGUCCGGUGGUCGAGCUGGAGCGUCUGGCCUUAGAACUCUUCCUCCUUCUCUGCGUGUUGUCUCUCCUUCUCUUGGCUCGAAAGAGAGGCUCUGUGAGGCUCUUGGGCAGGGAGCCUCCUUUGGGUGGUGA